GCCAGCGUGUAACGACAAACAUGGCGUCUGCUAAUAACAACGUACACACUCCUCCAGGAAUGGAAGAUUCCACCAUGGAGAUGGACAGGCAGUCACGACAAACAGAGGAAGAUAAAUCAAUGGUGCCCAGGGCUUCCCCGUUUCAUCCUGCAAAUGAAAUGUUUGGAGGACAGGAUCAGCAACUCUUUCAGAUGUUCAUGGAUCCAAUGAUGAAGGAGCUUGAGGAACAUGUAGCAAUAAACUCAGAACUUCUGGACAAACUGAAUGAACAAAUGGAAAAUGAAAGGAAAGCGCGAAUUAAAGCCAGGGCCACAGCACAUAUACCAGAAGCCUUGAAGGGAGAGGGACAGGGCAUGAAGACUGUGAUGAGAUCUAUAGAAAACUUAAUGGUGUUUGGAGAGAAAGAUGUUGAGUUUGAGGAAGAAGAAGAAGAGGAAGAAAUUGUGAAUGAAAACAAUACAGGUACAGAGACUGAUCAUGACCAGCAUAAUACAAAUGAUGAGGAACAGACACAUGAGGAUGGAGACGAGGAAGUAGAUGAUGAUGAGGAAGAUGAAAGCUUUGAAGAAGAAAAGAGAAGACACCGCACUCUGUUACCAGCAUUAGAUGAACAUGGCAGAGCAGCCAUUUUAGCUCACAGUUUGGCCAGCUAUGCAUCUAUGCUUAAUGAAGAAAAUCUCAAAAAGUUCACAGAGAAAAUCACAUCAGACUGUAAUCUCUGGUUAUCAAGGUUGUUCAGGUUUAUGGAUGCAUCUGCCGUGUUCUGUGAGGAUGAGCGUGAUGGGCUGGUGAAGAUAUGCCGCCUUGCUUUGUAUCAGAAGUACCCCAAAUAUGCUGCAGAAGGGUUUGAAGCCCUGUACUCACGCCCUCCAGUCAUCUACAUUAGUGCUGCCGCUAGACCUGAUCUCAGUACUUACCUUUGUCUGCAGUUAGGACUACCCAUGUCAAGUAUAAGCACUGUACCAUGUGAAUCUGGAGCUGAACCUAGUCAUAAAAUGGAUAUAUCAAUGCUUGAGAAGCUGAUUCAGGAUGAUAUCGCUGCAGCUAAAACUCCAACACUGCUUGUUGCCUAUGCAGGAACACCACUCACAGGUCAUGUUGAUGAUGUAGACAAAUUACAAGACAUUUGUAAGAAGAACUCUAUCUGGCUCCAUGUUGAAGGAAACAACCUUGCCACACUUACACUGGUGUCCGUGCCAACAUCAAUACUGUCGUGUAAGGCGGGAGACAGUAUGACAAUCUCUCUAGGCAAAUGGUUGGGGAUUCCUGGUCUUCCUCACGCUACCCUGUACAAAGCGUCAGACCCAGCUCUGGUGCAUGCUGCUGGCCUCAAUACCUUCAACCCCCAAAUCAAACUCAACUGUCUGCCCAUCUGGAUCUGUCUGCAGAGUCUCGGUCAUGAUGGUAUCGUGGAGCGUGUCAAGCAGUCUUGUGACUUGGCAGAAUACUUGAACACAGAACUGGAGAAGCUGAAGACUAUAAAACAGGUGACAAAGGAGAAAAAGGAAGAUGAUACUCCAGCCAAUACCAUCCGUGCAAUGAUCACCCGUGCAAUCAAUGCUCUGCUUGUGUUCGAAAUUGUGUCACCAACAGUGGUAUUUAGAUAUAUUGAAGAAAAAGAUGAAGGCUUACAGAUCGCUCCCUACUCCUCCACAUCACUGACAACAGAGGACAACACACAGGAGGAAACCAGCUCCUCAAUGUAUUUUGAUGCCCUCAAUGUGUGGCUUGGCGACACUCUACAGUCCGAGAACCCUGGUGUAGAUCUGCGUGUGGCGGAGGUGGAAAAUGAGGGUGUAUGUAUCCGGUUCUCUCCCCUGGAUAGUGCACAGGCAAGAGGGACAGUUUUGGAAGACAUGGACGCACUACUAGAAUGCCUAAAGACCCAAAUAGCUAUUCUGGAUGCCACAGUUUUGAACCGUGACAAGCUGAAGACCUUGAUAUCGAGAGAGCAGCGACUGAGAUUACUAGACAUGCCAAGCUGGGCAGGUCUAGGAGUUGUACAAUAUUUACCUGAGUCAUGGCAAAACAAAGGAGAUGACUUACCAGAGGAAGCUCUAAAGGAAAUCCAUAUCAUCAAUACAGAACUAGUACAGAGGCUCAAGUCACAGGACACUGCCUUCUCCUUGGGUUUCACGGACAAUGAUGUUGCAUGUGUAAAGUUUGGACUGAUCACAGAAGAUACUUCCAUAGAGUCUCUGUUAGAAAUGGUCUGUGUUUCUGGCAAGGAAGUGGAGGACUCCUCAAAGUACUUGGAAACUCUGGCAGAGGUGGUGAAACAAGGAAUUGAGGCUGCCAACCAGGAUCUUGAAAAGGAAAAUCUAUCAAAAAUUCAAAAUGAGGGCGUGCUGCGACAAGUACCACUUGUUGGUUCCCUACUGAAUUGGUGGUCCCCUCCACCCAAAGACAGUAUCAAGGGACGUUCUUUCAACUUGGCUUCAGGCCAAAUAUCUAGCACAGAGCCUCUGUACAAAUACCAUAUGCAAAUCCAGGAGGACAAUUCAUCAAAAUCUCCCAACAUAUCACCUCGGCAACAGCCGACCACAUCUCCAGGCAGUCCUACACAAAGGUCAGCAGGGGAGGUUAAAGCUAGUCUGACUAAUGAGGUGAACAGUGUUGGAAGGAGUCAACCAGUGUCUCCAGGGACAGAUGUUCCUGACUCAGGGGCAAACAUUUCUGUGGAGGAGGCAGAGGAGGCAAGCUAAUCUCCAGCAUGGCCUUUGUGUCUGUAACACCAACUACAGUUCAGAAGGAGAGUCCCGCAAUGAAUUGUUUGCAAUUACAACUAACAAGGAUCUGAGAAUUAGUUUACAGAAGAUCAUAUCUGUUUAACAGUUAUGAUCUACAAAAAGAGACUCAGAAUAUUGUAAUGUUGCUGUAGUUUCAAUUCUGAACUAUUUUGUAAAAUCUUUGUGUUGGAGUAUCCUGGGGUAAAAUGUCAUUUACAUGUGCUCAUAAAACGAUUACAGCUUUACUAGAGGUUGAUAAAGUGCAUUUUUGCGAUCAAUAUAAUCAUUCAAAAUAUUAGUCUGGAUUUAAACAAAGGUGUUUAUAAAGGGACAUUGGUAAACUGGUAACAUCCUAUGUUGUUUGAUAAUUAAGAGGGAAUACAGUUGAUAUCGGAGCUUUUUUCUAGUAUAUGCUUUUCAUUAAUCUUCAUUUUAUUUGUACUAUCCAAAAUAUUCACAAGUAUCAAAAAUGUUUAAAUAAAGGUUUUAUGAAAUUUCUUACACAUUUUUGAAUAUAAACAUCUUUGUGAAUAAUAGUCACUUUCACAUAGAGAAAUGCUAUAUGUGUUGUUUCUAUCUAUAGUCAAAUAAUCUUGUAUACAUGUUAUUAUUCAUAAAUUUGUGUAAGUUGGUGUGUUGUUAAUUCUAUAGAAUCGAUACUUGUUCAAGGUUUUUUUGUUCACUAGUUGUUUCUCCUCUGUGAUAUUUGGUUCACUUUUGUUUGUCUGAAUUGUAACAUUAAACUUCCCAUGAAAGCCUAUGGGUGUUUAAAACCAGUCAAAUACCAUUAACCUGUCAUUUGUUUGAGAAAUCAGUUAUCAAUGGAUUUUUGUCUUUCUCCUGAGAUUGUCUUAUGUUUCUCUUUCUCGUGAGAUUGUGUGAUGCUGUACUCUUUCUUGUGAGAUUGUGUGAUGUUUUACUCUUUCUCGUGAGAUUGUCAGAUGCUUUACUCUUUCUCGUGAGAUUGUGUGAUGCUGUACUCUUUCUUGUGAGAUUGUUGGAUGCUUUACUCUUUCUUGUGAGAUUGUGGGAUGCUUUACUCUUUCUCGUGAGAUUGUGUACACUUUUUCGUGAGAUUGUGUGAUGCUUUACUCUUUCUCGUGAGAUUGUGCGAUGCUUUACUCUUUCUCGUGAGAUUGUGGGAUGCUUUACUCUUUCUCGUGAGAUUGUGGGAUGCUGUACUCUUUCUCGUGAGAUUGUGGGAUGCUGUACUCUUUCUCGUGAGAUUGUGAGAUGCUAUACUCUUUCUCGUGAGAUUGUGUGAUGCUGUACUCUUUCUUGUGAGAUUGUUGGAUGCUUUACUCUUUCUUGUGAGAUUGUGGGAUGCUUUACUCUUUCUCGUGAGAUUGUGGGAUGCUAUACUCUUUCUCGUGAGAUUGUGUGAUGCUGUACUCUUUCUCGUGAGAUUGUGUGAUGCUUUACUCUUUCUCGUGAGAUUGUGUGAUGCUUUACUCUUUCUCGUGAGAUUGUGUGAUCCUAUACUCUUUCUCGUGAGAUUGUGUGAUGCUUUACUCUUUCUCGUGAGAUUUUGUGAUGCUUUACUCUUUCUCGUGAGAUUGUGUGAUGCUUUACUCUUUCUUGUGAGAUUGUGUGAUCCUAUACUCUUUCUCGUGAGAUUGUGUGAUGCUUUACUCUUUCUUGUGAGAUUGUGGGAUGCUGUACUCUUUCUCGUGAGAUUGCGUGAUGCUGUACUCUUUCUUGUGAGAUUGUGUGAUGUUUUAUUCUUUCUCGUGAGAUUGUGUGAUGCUUUACUCUUUCUCGUGAGAUUGUGUGAUGCUUUACUCUUUCUCGUGAGAUUGUGGGAUGCUUUACUCUUUCUUGUGAGAUUGUGUGAUGCUUUACUCUUUCUUGUGAGAUUGUUGGAUGCUUUACUCUUUCUCGUGAGAUUGUGGGAUGCUUUACUCUUUCUUGUGAGAUUGUGGGAUGCUGUACUCUUUCUUGUGAGAUGCUGUACUCUUUCUUGUGAGAUUGUGGGAUGCUUUACUCUUUCUUGUGAGAUUGUGUGAUGCUGUACUCUUUCUCGUGAGAUUGUGUGAUGCUUUACUCUUUCUCGUGAGAUUGUGUACACUUUUUCGUGAGAUUGUGAGAUGCUGUACUCUUUCUCGUGAGAUUGUGAGAUACUUUACUCUUUCUCGUGAGAUUGUGCGAUGCUUUACUCUUUCUCGUGAGAUUGUUGGAUGCUUUACUCUUUCUCGUGAGAUUGUGGGAUGCUGUACUCUUUCUCGUGAGAUUGUGGGAUGCUUUACUCUUUCUUGUGAGAUGGUGUGAUGCUGUACUCUUUCUUGUGAGAUUGUUGGAUGCUUUACUCUUUCUUGUGAGAUUGUGGGAUGCUUUACUCUUUCUCGUGAGAUUGUGGGAUGCUAUACUCUUUCUCGUGAGAUUGUGUGAUGCUGUACUCUUUCUCGUGAGAUUGUGUGAUGCUUUACUCUUUCUCGUGAGAUUGUGUGAUGCUUUACUCUUUCUCGUGAGAUUGUGUGAUCCUAUACUCUUUCUCGUGAGAUUGUGGGAUGCUGUACUCUUUCUCGUGAGAUUGUGUGAUGCUUUACUCUUUCUUGUGAGAUUGCGUGAUGCUGUACUCUUUCUUGUGAGAUUGUGUGAUGUUUUAUUCUUUCUCGUGAGAUUGUGUGAUGCUUUACUCUUUCUCGUGAGAUUGUGUGAUGCUUUACUCUUUCUCGUGAGAUUGUGGGAUGCUUUACUCUUUCUCGUGAGAUUGUGGGAUGCUUUACUCUUUCUUGUGAGAUUGUGGGAUGCUGUACUCUUUCUUGUGAGAUGCUGUACUCUUUCUUGUGAGAUUGUGGGAUGCUUUACUCUUUCUCGUGAGAUUGUGUGAUGCUGUACUCUUUCUCGUGAGAUUGUGUGAUGCUUUACUCUUUCUCGUGAGAUUGUGAUGUUAUACAAGUUCUCCUGAGAUAUCAUAUGUUUCCUCCCUAGAUUAUGUCUUGUGAAUUCCAUCAGCAGUUACAUUCCCAUAUUUACUUUGUAUAUGAUCUAUGCUGAGUCAUUAGCAAUAUUUAUGAUGUAAAUAAAAGGCUGUGUGAGAAGGUAGGAUUAUUUAUUGUUCAGCUGUUGAUGUUUUAUAACAUGGUGAACUGUAAUCCAUUUCCUGUCUGUAGAAUUACAUGUCUGAUAACCAUUGUGUGUUUUACUUUUUGCUAUGAAAUGUGAUCUUUCCUGUGGUAUCUGCUGUUUACUUUUGAUCAUACUACUUACCAUAAUGAUCAUGUCAUAGCUGAUGCUUUUAUACAGAUUAUUUAUUAUGUUUACACUGUUUUUACUUAAUUUUUUUUCCUUCUUUUUUUUUUAGCAUAAGAAAAUAUAUUUCUUCAUUAUAAUAAUGAAGAAAUAUAUUUAUUCUCUCUAAUAAGAAUAUGAUUAAUCCUACACACAGUGAAAAACAUACCAUAUGAAAUGCUACAAAAGUUUAGUUUCAUACUGAAAUCCAAGGUUAAGAUAAACAUUUCCACUGGAUGAACUGGAAUGUCAGGAUUCUCUGCAACUCCUAAAGGAGUAUAAAGCAAAUUUGUAACUGAUUUUGUGUAUGUUUUGAUGUUAUUGUUAAUGAUGUUUAGAGGAUUGAAGGCAGGGUUCUGUGGUAGACACCCAUAUAGUAAGUUAAACUGGCAAUCAACUUAUUGUUACUGAUGUUUAGAGGUUGAAGGCAGGGUUCUGUGGUAGACACCCAUAUAGUAAGUUAAACUGGCAAUCAGAGAUUUAGUGAAGAGUUCCUUCUUUUUUUUAGAUUGAGUUUGUCCUCAGCCAUAGAUUCUUUACAUUUGAUGCAGUUUCAUCUGCUGUAGAGAUAAAAGACCCACAGGUUUACUUCCUUAUAUUCAUAUAUUUUAAGUAAUUGUAAGUAGACAUUCUGGCAAAAGUAUGCAGCUUAAAGUGACAAUGUUGGAAGUCUGACUUCUCAUUGUAGGAUCUACAAAACACACCAUGUUUAAAAUAUUUGAUUCUUUUUAGAGGGUUUUUCAUAAAAUCUAUUGAGAUUAAUAUAUUUCUGUUAUUGAUUGAAUGCAUAUUAUUUAUUAAUCAUUUAUUACAAUGUGUGUGAGCAGGAAAAAGUGAAUGAUUCAGUGUGCGAGUAUGGAAAAAAAGACAUGGAGUUUUAACAUUAUUUAACACUAUAAUAAUAAUUACUUGCUAUAAUAAUUGAUAUUACACAAUUAUGUAGUUCAUCACACUUAAGUCAUGACUUAAUAUAUAAUUAUAAGCCUCAUUUUAUUGUUGAUGGCUUUUCCGUAUAUAAUUGAAGCUGCCAAUUACAAAAAGAUGUCAAAAUUAUUUUCCUUUAACUUUAAAAAAUCUGUCCUCAAAGAGCUGUAUUUAAGAACUGACAUUAAAAUUUCUGUGUACACUUUUGGAGGUAGGACAGAUUACUCUAGUGUAAAAUAGUGUCUAGCUUUAAUCAGGUUGGAAUUAUCUAACGAAGCUAAACUUUACAAGUUCAAUCUUAAGUGGGAGUGACAGAGGGAGUGAUUAUCUAUUGACAUGAGCUGGUGACUAUCAGUUUGUCAGCACCAACAAUAUAACCAAUAAAUUUGGGAUCUACA